UCUGCUUAUAUAAGAAAUUGUCAAAAAUUGUAAAAAGACCUUGACUGAUGGAAGGAAUUUCGUGGUUAUGUUAAAAGAUAAAAUUCAAAAGAAUAUUAAGAAUUAUUAAACUUUAUUUUCAACGAAAAGUACAUUUUUUUGCAGCAGAAAAUUUGGAGAUUUGAUUAAAAAAGAAUGCCUGUGGUUUACAAAGAAGGCAAGGACACGAUUAUAUUUAAAACAGAAGAGGAGUAUGCAGCUCCAAGUAAAAUUACUCUUCCUGAAAUAGAACCCAGUCCUGGACUAAUUUUACCAAGUGGCGAAAUAAAUUGGAAUUGCCCUUGUCUGGGUGGCAUGGCAACAGGACCAUGUGGUGUUGAAUUUCGAGAAGCAUUCUCCUGCUUUCAUUAUUCCACAUCCGAUCCAAAAGGGCAUGAAUGCUAUGACGCAUUCAAAGUAAUGCAAGGUUGCAUGACUAAUUAUCCUGGAUUGUACGGCAAUAAAGAAAUGAAUAUGGAUGAAGAAAUUGCUGACGAGGAAGCAUCGCCAGGAGAUGAUAUGAAAAAUUUAAACGACAGUGAUCAAGUGUUACACUUGCAACAACAGGAAAACAAAACAGAAAUAGUGAGCAAAAAGUAGUUUAUAAAUAAAUAAAUUAUGUUUUAUAAUAAUUAUAAAAUUUAAAAGGA